AUGGAUCCCCUAAUAUUCACAGCACCUGCCCGUAUACGCAUCCUUCUUGUCCCAGUUCACCCGAUUAAAGCUGCAACAUUUCAUCAAAAAGUUGAAUUGGUUAAAAAUUACACGAUCGUAAAAUUGGGAGAUUUUCCAAGGGAACAGCUCGAGGAAAAAGCCCGAGAUGCGACGAUCUGUGGUAUUUUGUUACUGAAUAUAGGAUUUAAUUGUUCAAAAUGCCAGUUACAUUUAAACUUUGUAACUUCUUACGAGCCAGAGCAUUCUUAUCUCGAGGAAUUUCAAAUGCAUCGUAGAAUUUUUGGG